GAGAAUCGUUGCGAAGCGUUUGCUGCGACUGCGUCCAAGUUUAAUUGCGAAUUUCCUGUAUUUCUCGCAACGUAACACAGUUUAUUAACGUUUUAACCAAUAUUUACAUAGUAAAUACAUAAAUGGCUGACAAAAAAGUGACCCCGCCGCUGGGCGCGUAUCCUCAACCGCAGCCCCCUCAGGGGCCCUUCCUGCCCGCACCGCCGCAUCAGGCCGCGCCACAAUAUGGAGUGGCGGGCGGAUCUCCAUACGGCGUGACGUUUGGCGGCGCGGGAGCGGGCGCCGGCGGAGUGUACGCGCCGCCGCCGUACGAACAACUGCAGCACCACCAGGCUAUACCUGCGCUCAGUCAGCAGCUGCCGAUGUACAGUCCGGCGGCGGCAAUGUACGCGGCGGCGGCAGGGUACCCCGGCUACAUCGGGUACCCCGUACAGUACUACCCGUACUACCCCACCGCCGUGCAGCCCUCCAUACAACCACUGCGACCCACCAUCAUGAUCCCCAACGGUUUCGAGGCGGGCGGUAGGUUCGAGGGCCUGGCGCAGACACUGCUGCCGCCCGCGCCGCCCGGCGUGCCCCCCUCCCCCGCGCACCUCGCCGCCAUACAGCCGCAUCAAGUGCUGUGGCGCUAAACAAGGCCGCGGCAGCUAGCCCGACGUUGGAGAUCGCCCGCAAUACUACAUGCCUUACCUCAGUGAGUGGACACUACCUCACUCACUCAACACUCACUCAGUGAGGCGACUGAUCACUCAUUCCCACUCACUUGGAUAAAAUCACUGAUUUAUUAAGAAAAUAGUAUUUUUAACUUAUAAAAUUGCCGAUUUUUUAACGAAAGUUUCAUAGCCAAAAGGCCAGCAAUGCAUUAGUAACUCCUCCGGUGUUACGGGUGUCCAUGGACGGCGCUGAUUGCUUACCAUCAAGUGAUCCACACGCCUUAUCCCAUAAAAAAUUGGCAAUUUUAUAGGUAUACAAUAUCUAAGAUACUAAUGGCGUAAUCAUAGUAAAAAACACGAAUAUAGAAAAGUACGUUUUCUUAGAUUUAACAUAAGCUUUAGACAAAGUGGUUCAUAUGUAAAUGUCAAUCUAAAAAAAAAAUACUUUUUUAUUUAAUGUUUUCUAUCUGUUAUGUGUCUGCAAUCAGUGAUUUUAAAACCUAAAGUGAAUAUAGAAUUUGUUUUAAAGGAAAAUAAACUUUAUGGUCAUAAUAAUAAUGUUCAUAAUAUCACAAGUAUUGUUGUUCGAAAUAUAUGGUUGCUAUAUAUAUGUUGUAGAUCUGUUAUAGGAUAUAUAUAACGUUAGUUGUAGUUUAAAAGAAACAGUCGCCUCACUAAAUUCUGUGAUUUUACAAAAAAAAAUCUACGGGAAAGGAGCUAUUUGUACGUAAUUAUGUACUUUUAAUUUUUCCUGUAAAAUGUAUUUAUUAAUUUAUACAAAUACAAUAUAAUUAUAUAUAGUUAUAGACACGAAAUUCUCUCCUAUAACUUCCUUUCAAAAUUUUCCGUGUAUAGAUGGCGUGAGCGUAGUUUUAGGUCCUGUAAGACUAAUCAUUAUAUUAUUAAAUGAGAAUCGGACUUAAAACGAUGCCAGCGCCUCUAUCACAGCUUCUAUCGUCUUCAAAAAUUCAUCCUAUGUUUGUUCCAAAAACAUUUUGUAUAUGGACGUAACUACAAUAAUUAUAUGUAUUUGUAUGUUUGUUUGUCUACGAACAAGUGUCUUAUGGGAGAUAUAUAUAAAGAAUAUAUACAGACAUAAUUAUCUCAUAUAUAAAAAUAGAUUUUCAAUCUUAUAUUUUCAGUAUAAAGUUGAAAUUUUAUCAAAAUACCUUGAUGUACUAUAUUUCCUAAGACAUUGGUUCAAGGAAUGAUAACUUAUAUAUAUAAAUUAUAUAUGUUAAUAAUUAUAAUAUAUAAUUAUCAUAUAUUAUAUAAGGGCGUGUCACUACGUCGGUGCCUAGCCUGAAUAAUGACUGUGAUGACGUUUUCACUCGCUAACUUUGCCACCACUGGAAAAUAAACUUUGAUACCAUCGAAUAUGGCUUAGAAUCGAAUAAACAAGAUCUUUAAUAUACAAAAUUGAGUCUAUAGUUUUAGGAAUAAAGUUUAAAAUGAUCUGUUAUGAAAUAUCUUUAUCAAAAUGCUCUCUAAUUUAGUUUUUAGUUUUACAAAUAAUUCGAUUUUAAACAAGAUCUGAAGUUUACACAACAAUAAAACCCCGCAAAAUUACACCAGAAAGCAAUAUACUAUUAAACAAAUUCAGGCUUUAAUAUUAGCCAUAAUCCCCGCUUUUGACUAAUAACCUGGGGAUUAUUAAUUACCGAAACACUACAGCUAGUAGCAAAUAGCUAUCUAUUAGUAACUGAUUACAGUUUUAAAACAGAAAUUACUUAAAGUUAUUUGAAUAACUAGUAUUGUUAUUGUGAAAGUGUGUGGUGAAGUUGUCGAGUGUCUAUGUAACAGCCGUGGGCUGUCGCAACGCUAUAGUAUUAAUAUCGCCGACACAUGAGUAAGACUAGUUUAGAUACGGCGGCGGCUCGGGGGUAGGCAGACAUCUAUCACAACACUACCAUAUUUUACGUACACGUGUCUCAAAACCCUCUAUCAGGAUAAUUCUGUGUGUUAUAAAAUAUGAAAUUCAUUAUAAAAUACAUUUGAAAGUCAAAAUACUUUAAAUACUUCUUCUACGUAAAACUCUGGCGUAGUCAAAGUCAAAUAAAUUAUUUCAAUUAGAUCAAUACAAAGCUUUUAUGACAAUCAAAAUGUUAGAUGAAUAUUCUAUAUCAGUCGAACGAAAUUAUUAGCUGUCAAAACCGACUAAUUAAAAAUUUAAUAAUGUAGUCUAACCAAUGUGGUAUAAUUUUUAGUACAUUUCGGAGGACAGACGUCGGUGAUCGGUCGUUACAUGUAUAAUACUGACUUCCGGACAAGUUCCAAAAAUAAUACUAAGGAAAAGAUGAAAAAGUUUGCAUGCAUAUCUCAAAAGCCGUAUUAAAUAGUUCUCGAUUCAACAAAAUUAUUUUUCUAAAUAAAAUUCUUCGGUUCUAAUACCUUUUAUACGUAUAAUCAUAAGGUUCAGAAUCGUAAAGUUCGAGGUGACGCACAAUUUAUCAGAGGGGCCGCCGCGGGAUUAGUUAUUAUAAAUAAAUAAAUAAAAAAUAUAAACAAAGCGGUUGUGCGUGACGCGAGUGAGAAUGAGUGAGCGAGACGGACAUAUUUCUGUUUGUUACGUUUGUAAGGGGCGUGGUCGGGGGCGGGGUUAUCAGAAAGUUACUAAAAUAUUGUUAAAAAUAGAGAUAUAAGUAAAACGUGUUUGAGAAUGUCCAUUUUGCGUGUUGAACAGACUAUUUGAAAUUCUAUUCGAAAAUAAAGUAUUAAAAUGUAAUUUAGUUCCCUGCCUACGACCCUACGAACGCGGCGCAAUGAUAUAAUAUGUAUAUUUCAGCAUGAUAUGGUAGUUUAAAUCUAAACUCGUUUAUUCGUUCAACUGCCAUUUUCUCACAUGGCAACACUAAACAAACGUUGCCUCCUAAAAAAAACAGUAUUUUUGAAAAUACAAAACUAAAAUAUUCUUUAAAAAUAUUUUUACUAUACAAUGCCAAAUAUUGCGUUGGCAAUACUGUUGCUUGGUGUUGCCAGGUGUGAAUAUUAAUUAAACCGUUAGGUGUAUAUUUCCGAAAGACUUUGGUUUGUAAGCUUGGUCCGUUGUAGACGGACGGAAGAAUCUCAAUUUGUUAUUAUUUAUAUUGUAGAAAGGACAUUGAAACGUAUAUUUAGACAGGGUCAUAUUCAAGAUUUGUCAUAGAUGAUACUAAAAUUAAACGAAAAUAAAGUUGGAAUGUCGAAUAAUUACUUUCAAUGACUUACAACUAUCGUGAGACAUACUAAAUAAAUUAUAUGUUUUUCGGCUCACAAACGUAACUGUUUGACGAGGAACUUGACUACUUUCAAGCCAGUAGCAGCGCGACAUUCGCCGCAGUAUGCUGCUCAGGAAUAUAAGCCUCUAGCAUGGCUUGAUGCUAGUCGAGUUCCUCGUCAAACACUUACAGGAGUAAGCCGAAAAACGUAAUCAUUAAUUAAGAAUAUCAUAAUCUGAGAGACAUAUUUAAUCUAUAAAAUAUAUAUUAUCUAAACACAUAAAGAUUCAAAAGUGAAUUCUUCAUUAUUAUCAUAUAUUCCUAAUAUUGAACGAAAGUCCUGUCCUAACUAUAUGUUACAAUGUCCAAUCCAGAAACCAUUUUACUAUAAAAGUGCAGCAGUUUGUCUUUUACAUUAGUGCGAACUGAUUUAAAAUUACUUUUCCAAACAUGUAGGAAUUUCCGUAACGCAUAACAUAGCUAUUUGAGCUAUGUAUAAUAGUAAUAAUAUUCACGUUUUUAAUUUCUAAGAAUUUCUUUAAAGAACAUGAAAUUUUAUUAUAAAAGAAGAUUAAUAUUCGUUUUCACCAACAACCCCUAAACCAACUCUUAACUAAAAGUUACCUAGCUUGAUGUACCACCUACUUGUACUGUUGGUGGAAACCGUAUCGUUUGGCACCUUUCUUAGCUUAGGGGUCUCUUAAAAUUUAGUAGAAGAUGGUAAAAACGGAAAUAAAUGUACUGAAUUUAAGUCUAAACUCUAUAAAGAUGAAGUCUAUGAUGAGUUUUGUAAGUGUAAUACGGUAAUUCUGUGCUAUCUCUCGAAUGAUUCCUAAGUCAGUUUUUUCUACAUUUUAAUUCCACUAAGCGUUUCGGGACUUACAGUAGCUGACAAAUAUAUGUAUACAAGAAAACAAAUUCAAUUAUCUCAAAAUAUCUUACAUAUUUUUGUCUGUAACUGUAAUUUGAACAUGAAUUUUUAAUCUGCAAUCCCCGUUACGCAAUAUUAUCUCAUAAAUAAGAAAUAAAUUCAAAAUAUAAGCGGACAGUGUUAUUUAACACUAAAAUAAACCGAAUUCAAUGAUUAUUUUUUCGAAAAUAAUGUUAUGAAGUUCAAAUGAUGAAUUUUAAGCAUUUUAUUAUGCGUUUAAAAUUGUCUCUUUUGUAAAUGUUGCGAGUUAUUUCGCGGGGUUAUUUAAACUUGUAUUAGUAGUACGGAUAUAGAGAAAGAACACCAUACAUUUCCAUAAUUAUUACCUCAAAAGUGUAAUUAUUAAGUGACAAAUUAUGUUAGGACACUAUAAUCGUACGACCGGGUCACGCAACCAACGAACUGUACCGUUGUAUGGAGGGUAUCUUACCCGGUGGCAACUUGUUACCGAUGAAAUCUGUUCCGGUGUCACUGUAGAGUGUAAACACCAUGGUUGCGCAACUAGUCGGGCGACUAUAGCGUUUUCUAAUGAACAAGUUAAAGUUUUAAUAUACUCCGCGAGUAACUGUACAUUUACUAGAUACAUUAUUUUAAUGUGAGAUCCAUAGGCAACUAUGAAAUACAUAUAUUGUUUUGAGGCGACCUGACCAUAUUUGCCCAAACGAUCUUGCCUGAAGUAACUUUGAAAUUGAAGCAUAUCUAUUAGAAUGUUUUUUUAAAGAAUAAAUGUUGGGCAAUGUUGGUCUCCUUGCCGAAACAAUAGCCCAGCGUUGGGCGAGAUGAGAUCUUUUUGUACUAGUUUAUAUAUUGAGCCUUUUUGAUUAUAUUGCAUUUUUUGUUGAUUAAAUCAUGUUAUUUGAUUGUAGUAGCGAGGGAGCGAGUGUGACAGGUUGUGUUAGUGAUUUCACUAACUAAAUGUUUUCUAAACAUUGACUUUUCAGAGCAUUUUUUAUUCGGACAAAAUGUAAUGUCAGCGAAAUCACUAACAUGGUCGUAGGAGAGUACCCACUGUGGUAGUUAUUUAUUCCCGGAGUGAGGGACCAUCGGGCGGUAGAUGUCGUGGCAAACUUCUGUGACCACGACAUACAAGCCAUUGAUUGAAAUGAAUUUUUGUUUCCAAAUUACAACUGUAAAGUUUAGCAUCUAAUGCCAUCUUCACACUGCAAGAGAUAUUGUCCAACUGAUUCGGUGGACUGCUUUUUAUUUUAUUUUUUAUUUUUACUAUGGUAACACUGAAUUUUUCGAUUAUAUCUCUUGUGUGGACAGCGCUAAAGUUGAAAUUGUGUACCACAUUAUACGAUUGUAAUAUUUAUCUGUGGUCCAUAUACAAUUAUUGACAACAAAACGAUGUUUUGACUACAAACGAAUGUCAGUAUCGAUGCAUUCGAAUUAAAUCAAUAUACCAAAUGAAUUGAAAACUUCAUCUUUUUGGAAGUUGAUUAGAUUUCUUUUAAAAUUAAUGAAAUCUCAAUAAAUCUCUGAUUUCCAGAUUAAUAGUACGAUUGUAACACACAAAUUAAUUUCAGCUUUAGUGCGAGAGAUGCUAACAGUACGACAUCUUUUAACUUUUUCCUAGAAAAUGAAUUUUUAUUGUUUUAAGUCAUAUAUACCAACAAUGAUUUUAAACGUAAAUCGUAAAGGGCCAGUAUAAUCAUUGCUUUGCAAACGAAUCUAUUUUUAAAUGAAAGCAAAUACCUUGAUAUUUUUAACGAAUUGUAGCAUUUCAUGAUUAUACAGUCCCUCAAUAUUUUCUUGUAACGAGUUAAAGGCUAAGUUUUGUGGCUAAUAUAACAUAGUUUGCCUACUAGUCUACGUAAAACAGCUCAGCGUGUUUAUAUUUGUCCACAAAGCUUCUGAAGCCUCAGGACGAGUUUGUACUAGGUUUGAGUAAUCGAGACCGCGAUUUAGGUGUCAAUUACUUGAAUCAAACAAACUUGUACUAAGGCCUGAUGAAUAUACAGAAUGUUAAAAUUUUUAGUUUGUACGACUUUGUAUGGAAGUCUACUACGACUCGGGUACAUAGUAAGUGAAAGUGGGUUUUGCUCAAAGUAUGGAUCUAUAUUAGCAAGUCACGUGCAAUAUAUAGCAUAAUUAUUAUUUUGUUUCCAAUAAAACUAUUAAAAAUCGA